AUGGCCGAGAACGUUGAUGCCGCCGAGAUGAACGAGGAUCAAACAGGGUAUCAUUUCUACCCAGGGGGAGAUGCGUCACUCGUCGACGUCAACGCUCACGUGUAUCGUUUCGCAAGGACAGCAGCGGGAGGUUCUGGACUCUCGAGGGUGGAUAUCAAGGAGUUGAUAUCCAUCCUCAUAGAGGUGUUGAGUAAUCCUGAGCGUCUAUCGAUCAAGUCACUCGCCGCGUUUGACAGCUACAAAAAAUUGCAACUAGCCGAUGCUAAAUUGACUCCAUUCGAACAGGUCAAUCUCGCAAAGGAGGGGGAUUUGCAGCUGGUUAUCAUGUGGCGUCGUUCUGUGCUGUCAUGCGUGAGAAGUCUUUACGAGAACGUGGCGAACGCUACCGGCUUCGUAGUGAAACCACCCAAGGAGAUUCCUGGUGCGAGGCGGAUUUACAAAGGUCCCGAGACGGGGAGCUGGUGGCGCGACGUUCUUAAGGAGUUGCCUCAAGGAGCAUCGGUAGCUGCUGUGAUUAUCUAUUCAGACGAGACGACACUCACUAUCGAUGGAGGCCUCAAGGGAUGGCCUGUGUACAUUUCACUGGCCAACAUCGCUGCGGGGAAUCGUUGGAGAACACACGGCCAUCGGCUCGUCGCUUUGCUUCCUGACGACGACGGCAGCUUCUACUCGAAGGCGGAUCAACCACGUCGACGGCUGGAGGUGUUCCAAGAGGCUCUGAAUCUCAUCAUGGAUGAGUUGAAGGUUGGCCAACGCGAAACCACGUCAUCAUCCUCCUCCUCCAAACAUUUCCCCCUCUCAUUUCUCUUCCUUCUCUCCCCUCCCUCCCCUCCCCCCUUUCCCUCCUCUCCCUCCUUUUCCUUCUCCCUCUUCCCCUUCCCCCCCCUCCUGAAUCGACCCCUCUCCCACCCAAUCCGUGGUCACACUCUAAAACUCCAACAUCCCCAGUCUCUCCUCUUCUUUUCUUCCUUCUGUCCCUCCUGUCCGCCUCUUCAUUUCCCUGAAAGAGUCUCCUUUUCAAGCCGCCACCAGAAUUACCCCGACCUUCCGCAUGAUGACAUCUAUCAGAAUCACUGUUAUCAUGGAGGCCUUGGUUACAGUGCUGUUGGUAACCAGCGAAGCCUUGGUUACCAUGGCGUUGAUGGCGUUGGUGGCUGCGAGGCCGCUGUAGCUCCGUUCGUCUCCACCGGUGGCUGCGAGGCCGCUGUAGCUCCGUUCGUCUCCACCGGUGGCUGCGAGGCCGCUGUAGCUCCGUUCGUCUCCACCGGUGGCUGCGAGGCCGCUGUAGCUCCGUUCGUCUCCACCGGUGGCUGCGAGGCCGCUGUAGCUCCGUUCGUCUCCACCGGUGGCUGCGAGGCCGCUGUAGCUCCGUUCGUCUCCACCGGUGGCUGCGAGGCCGCUGUAGCUCCGUUCGUCUCCACCGGUGGCUGCGAGGCCGCUGUAGCUCCGUUCGUCUCCACCGGUGGCUGCGAGGCCGCUGUAGCUCCGUUCGUCUCCACCGGUGGCUGCGAGGCCGCUGUAGCUCCGUUCGUCUCCACCGGUGGCUGCGAGGCCGCUGUAGCUCCGUUCCUCCGUUCGUCUCCACCGGUGGCUGCGAGGCCGCUGAAGCUCCGUUCGUCUCCACCGGUGGCUGCGAGGCCGCUGAAGCUCCGUUCGUCUCCACCGGUGGCUGCGAGGCCGCUGAAGCUCCGUUCGUCUCCACCGGUGGCUGCGAGGCCGCUGAAGCUCCGUUCGUCUCCACCGGUGGCUGCGAGGCCGCUGAAGCUCCGUUCGUCUCCACCGGUGGCUGCGAGGCCGCUGAAGCUCCGUUCGUCUCCACCGGUGGCUGCGAGGCCGCUGAAGCUCCGUUCGUCUCCACCGGUGGCUGCGAGGCCGCUGAAGCUCCGUUCGUCUCCACCGGUGGCUGCGAGGCCGCUGAAGCUCCGUUCGUCUCCACCGGUGGCUGCGAGGCCGCUGAAGCUCCGUUCGUCUCCACCGGUGGCUGCGAGGCCGCUGAAGCUCCGUUCGUCUCCACCGGUGGCUGCGAGGCCGCUGAAGCUCCGUUCGUCUCCACCGGUGGCUGCGAGGCCGCUGAAGCUCCGUUCGUCUCCACCGGUGGCUGCGAGGCCGCUGAAGCUCCGUUCGUCUCCACCGGUGGCUGCGAGGCCGCUGAAGCUCCGUUCGUCUCCACCGGUGGCUGCGAGGCCGCUGAAGCUCCGUUCGUCUCCACCGGUGGCUGCGAGGCCGCUGAAGCUCCGUUCGUCUCCACCGGUGGCUGCGAGGCCGCUGAAGCUCCGUUCGUCUCCACCGGUGGCUGCGAGGCCGCUGAAGCUCCGUUCGUCUCCACCGGUGGCUGCGAGGCCGCUGAAGCUCCGUUCGUCUCCACCGGUGGCUGCGAGGCCGCUGAAGCUCCGUUCGUCUCCACCGGUGGCUGCGAGGCCGCUGAAGCUCCGUUCGUCUCCACCGGUGGCUGCGAGGCCGCUGAAGCUCCGUUCGUCUCCACCGGUGGCUGCGAGGCCGCUGAAGCUCCGUUCGUCUCCACCGGUGGCUGCGAGGCCGCUGAAGCUCCGUUCGUCUCCACCGGUGGCUGCGAGGCCGCUGAAGCUCCGUUCGUCUCCACCGGUGGCUGCGAGGCCGCUGAAGCUCCGUUCGUCUCCACCGGUGGCUGCGAGGCCGCUGAAGCUCCGUUCGUCUCCACCGGUGGCUGCGAGGCCGCUGAAGCUCCGUUCGUCUCCACCGGUGGCUGCGAGGCCGCUGAAGCUCCGUUCGUCUCCACCGGUGGCUGCGAGGCCGCUGAAGCUCCGUUCGUCUCCACCGGUGGCUGCGAGGCCGCUGAAGCUCCGUUCGUCUCCACCGGUGGCUGCGAGGCCGCUGAAGCUCCGUUCGUCUCCACCGGUGGCUGCGAGGCCGCUGAAGCUCCGUUCGUCUCCACCGGUGGCUGCGAGGCCGCUGAAGCUCCGUUCGUCUCCACCGGUGGCUGCGAGGCCGCUGAAGCUCCGUUCGUCUCCACCGGUGGCUGCGAGGCCGCUGAAGCUCCGUUCGUCUCCACCGGUGGCUGCGAGGCCGCUGAAGCUCCGUUCGUCUCCACCGGUGGCUGCGAGGCCGCUGAAGCUCCGUUCGUCUCCACCGGUGGCUGCGAGGCCGCUGAAGCUCCGUUCGUCUCCACCGGUGGCUGCGAGGCCGCUGAAGCUCCGUUCGUCUCCACCGGUGGCUGCGAGGCCGCUGAAGCUCCGUUCGUCUCCACCGGUGGCUGCGAGGCCGCUGAAGCUCCGUUCGUCUCCACCGGUGGCUGCGAGGCCGCUGAAGCUCCGUUCGUCUCCACCGGUGGCUGCGAGGCCGCUGAAGCUCCGUUCGUCUCCACCGGUGGCUGCGAGGCCGCUGAAGCUCCGUUCGUCUCCACCGGUGGCUGCGAGGCCGCUGAAGCUCCGUUCGUCUCCACCGGUGGCUGCGAGGCCGCUGAAGCUCCGUUCGUCUCCACCGGUGGCUGCGAGGCCGCUGAAGCUCCGUUCGUCUCCACCGGUGGCUGCGAGGCCGCUGAAGCUCCGUUCGUCUCCACCGGUGGCUGCGAGGCCGCUGAAGCUCCGUUCGUCUCCACCGGUGGCUGCGAGGCCGCUGAAGCUCCGUUCGUCUCCACCGGUGGCUGCGAGGCCGCUGAAGCUCCGUUCGUCUCCACCGGUGGCUGCGAGGCCGCUGAAGCUCCGUUCGUCUCCACCGGUGGCUGCGAGGCCGCUGAAGCUCCGUUCGUCUCCACCGGUGGCUGCGAGGCCGCUGAAGCUCCGUUCGUCUCCACCGGUGGCUGCGAGGCCGCUGAAGCUCCGUUCGUCUCCACCGGUGGCUGCGAGGCCGCUGAAGCUCCGUUCGUCUCCACCGGUGGCUGCGAGGCCGCUGAAGCUCCGUUCGUCUCCACCGGUGGCUGCGAGGCCGCUGAAGCUCCGUUCGUCUCCACCGGUGGCUGCGAGGCCGCUGAAGCUCCGUUCGUCUCCACCGGUGGCUGCGAGGCCGCUGAAGCUCCGUUCGUCUCCACCGGUGGCUGCGAGGCCGCUGAAGCUCCGUUCGUCUCCACCGGUGGCUGCGAGGCCGCUGAAGCUCCGUUCGUCUCCACCGGUGGCUGCGAGGCCGCUGAAGCUCCGUUCGUCUCCACCGGUGGCUGCGAGGCCGCUGAAGCUCCGUUCGUCUCCACCGGUGGCUGCGAGGCCGCUGAAGCUCCGUUCGUCUCCACCGGUGGCUGCGAGGCCGCUGAAGCUCCGUUCGUCUCCACCGGUGGCUGCGAGGCCGCUGAAGCUCCGUUCGUCUCCACCGGUGGCUGCGAGGCCGCUGAAGCUCCGUUCGUCUCCACCGGUGGCUGCGAGGCCGCUGAAGCUCCGUUCGUCUCCACCGGUGGCUGCGAGGCCGCUGAAGCUCCGUUCGUCUCCACCGGUGGCUGCGAGGCCGCUGAAGCUCCGUUCGUCUCCACCGGUGGCUGCGAGGCCGCUGAAGCUCCGUUCGUCUCCACCGGUGGCUGCGAGGCCGCUGAAGCUCCGUUCGUCUCCACCGGUGGCUGCGAGGCCGCUGAAGCUCCGUUCGUCUCCACCGGUGGCUGCGAGGCCGCUGAAGCUCCGUUCGUCUCCACCGGUGGCUGCGAGGCCGCUGAAGCUCCGUUCGUCUCCACCGGUGGCUGCGAGGCCGCUGAAGCUCCGUUCGUCUCCACCGGUGGCUGCGAGGCCGCUGAAGCUCCGUUCGUCUCCACCGGUGGCUGCGAGGCCGCUGAAGCUCCGUUCGUCUCCACCGGUGGCUGCGAGGCCGCUGAAGCUCCGUUCGUCUCCACCGGUGGCUGCGAGGCCGCUGAAGCUCCGUUCGUCUCCACCGGUGGCUGCGAGGCCGCUGAAGCUCCGUUCGUCUCCACCGGUGGCUGCGAGGCCGCUGAAGCUCCGUUCGUCUCCACCGGUGGCUGCGAGGCCGCUGAAGCUCCGUUCGUCUCCACCGGUGGCUGCGAGGCCGCUGAAGCUCCGUUCGUCUCCACCGGUGGCUGCGAGGCCGCUGAAGCUCCGUUCGUCUCCACCGGUGGCUGCGAGGCCGCUGAAGCUCCGUUCGUCUCCACCGGUGGCUGCGAGGCCGCUGAAGCUCCGUUCGUCUCCACCGGUGGCUGCGAGGCCGCUGAAGCUCCGUUCGUCUCCACCGGUGGCUGCGAGGCCGCUGAAGCUCCGUUCGUCUCCACCGGUGGCUGCGAGGCCGCUGAAGCUCCGUUCGUCUCCACCGGUGGCUGCGAGGCCGCUGAAGCUCCGUUCGUCUCCACCGGUGGCUGCGAGGCCGCUGAAGCUCCGUUCGUCUCCACCGGUGGCUGCGAGGCCGCUGAAGCUCCGGGCUUCGUCUCCACCGGUGGCUGCGAGGCCGCUGAAGCUCCGUUCGUCUCCACCGGUGGCUGCGAGGCCGCUGAAGCUCCGUUCGUCUCCACCGGUGGCUGCGAGGCCGCUGAAGCUCCGUUCGUCUCCACCGGUGGCUGCGAGGCCGCUGAAGCUCCGUUCGUCUCCACCGGUGGCUGCGAGGCCGCUGAAGCUCCGUUCGUCUCCACCGGUGGCUGCGAGGCCGCUGAAGCUCCGUUCGUCUCCACCGGUGGCUGCGAGGCCGCUGAAGCUCCGUUCGUCUCCACCGGUGGCUGCGAGGCCGCUGAAGCUCCGUUCGUCUCCACCGGUGGCUGCGAGGCCGCUGAAGCUCCGUUCGUCUCCACCGGUGGCUGCGAGGCCGCUGAAGCUCCGUUCGUCUCCACCGGUGGCUGCGAGGCCGCUGAAGCUCCGUUCGUCUCCACCGGUGGCUGCGAGGCCGCUGAAGCUCCGUUCGUCUCCACCGGUGGCUGCGAGGCCGCUGAAGCUCCGUUCGUCUCCACCGGUGGCUGCGAGGCCGCUGAAGCUCCGUUCGUCUCCACCGGUGGCUGCGAGGCCGCUGAAGCUCCGUUCGUCUCCACCGGUGGCUGCGAGGCCGCUGAAGCUCCGUUCGUCUCCACCGGUGGCUGCGAGGCCGCUGAAGCUCCGUUCGUCUCCACCGGUGGCUGCGAGGCCGCUGAAGCUCCGUUCGUCUCCACCGGUGGCUGCGAGGCCGCUGAAGCUCCGUUCGUCUCCACCGGUGGCUGCGAGGCCGCUGAAGCUCCGUUCGUCUCCACCGGUGGCUGCGAGGCCGCUGAAGCUCCGUUCGUCUCCACCGGUGGCUGCGAGGCCGCUGAAGCUCCGUUCGUCUCCACCGGUGGCUGCGAGGCCGCUGAAGCUCCGUUCGUCUCCACCGGUGGCUGCGAGGCCGCUGAAGCUCCGUUCGUCUCCACCGGUGGCUGCGAGGCCGCUGAAGCUCCGUUCGUCUCCACCGGUGGCUGCGAGGCCGCUGAAGCUCCGUUCGUCUCCACCGGUGGCUGCGAGGCCGCUGAAGCUCCGUUCGUCUCCACCGGUGGCUGCGAGGCCGCUGAAGCUCCGUUCGUCUCCACCGGUGGCUGCGAGGCCGCUGAAGCUCCGUUCGUCUCCACCGGUGGCUGCGAGGCCGCUGAAGCUCCGUUCCCACUCAUUGAAGAGAACCAGAGCAGGAGAGGAGAAGAAGAGAGAGGUGGAGAGGAUGAGAGAGAGGAGGGAAGGGAGACAGUAG